GUUGUUGCAUAAAAGGGAAGAAACGCGUGAUAGAGGUGUCUUUUACUAGUUGUUUCUUUUUCAAGUUACAAAAACGCGCUACUUUCUCUCAAUUUACAAAAUUUGUGGUUUGUAAAAUUGUGAUAAAAAGUAUGAUGAUGAGAUCAUGUUGUAGGCCAUUAGAGAGAUGUUUUGAGAGAAUAAACGGAGAUUGUCUUUUAUGGCAUAUGGAUUUAAAACCUCAUGCUUCUGGUGAUUUUUCAAUUGCUGUAGUUCAAGCUAAUUCUUCACUUGAAGAUCAAAGCCAAGUCUUUACUUCUCCUAAUGCUACUUAUGUUGGUGUUUAUGAUGGUCAUGGUGGUCCUGAAGCUUCACGUUUUGUUAAUCGACACCUCUUUUCUUAUUUGCAUAAGUUUUCGAAAGAGCAAGGGGGUUUGUCCUCAGAUGUGAUAAAGAGGGCUUUUUAUGCUACAGAAGAGGAUUUUAUUCAAUUGGUGAAGAGAUCUUUGCCUGUAAUGCCAAAAAUUGCUUCAGUUGGAUCAUGUUGUUUAGUUGGUGCAAUUUCUGAGGGUGAAUUAUAUGUGGCUAAUUUAGGAGAUUCUAGGGCAGUUCUUGGACGCAAUGGGGAGAAAAAUUCUGUGGUUGCAGAAAGACUGUCGACUGAUCACAACGUUUCAUGUGAGAAAGUGAGGAAAGAAGUUGAGUCACUUCAUCCUGAUGAUCAGGCUGUUGUGGUAUACAUUCGAGGUGUUUGGAGAAUUAAAGGCAUAAUUCAGGUGGUAAGAGGUUUCAUCUGGAUAGUCCAGGUCUCAAGAUCUAUUGGAGACGCCUAUUUGAAGAAACCUGAAUUUAACCGGGACCCUAUCUUCCAACAAUAUGGAAAUCUUGUACCUAUGAAGCGGCCUGUACUGACAGCAGAGCCUUCCAUUGUUAGAAGAAGUAUUAGGCCAAAUGACUUAUUCCUGAUAUUUGCUUCUGAUGGCCUCUGGGAACAAUUAAGUGAUCAAGUGGCUGUGGAAAUAGUAUUUAAAAACCCAAGAGCUGGAAUAGCUAAGAGACUGGUGCGAGCAGCUCUUCAGGAGGUUGCUAAGAAGAGGGAGAUGAGAUACAAGGACAUACAGAAGAUAGAAAAGGGUAUUAGGCGCCAUUUCCAUGAUGAUAUAACAGUUGUUGUGAUCUACCUUGAUCACCAGAAAGAAUCUUUCCACUCCAAAGGCACUCUCGGCUCUAUCACUGCACCUGUAGACAUUUUCUCGUAUAAUUCAGAUGAUGUUGAGGAGAACCAAGUGAUUGGAGCUUUUUGAAUAGCCAAACACCCCAAUAAGAGAGUGGUUUAUUCAGUAUAUAAUGUUGCUGUAUAGGGAAGUAGCGACCGAAACAAAACAUUACAUGGAGAGAAUACAGGUUUGAUGUAGAUAAACAGGGGUUAUGGGUAGCUGAUUGAAUGAAUUGAGAGCAGAAGUUUCAGUUUAGGGUCUGACCAAACCCGUUGUUUUGUUAUUUUCAGUUGGAUUGUGCUUUGAGGUGUAUAGGAUUCCUGUGAUUUGAGCUGACCAUUACCGGAUUUCUCCUUUAUUAUAUCUUUUUUGCUUGGACUA